AGCUGUCUGGUUUGUGUGUGUGUGUGUGUGUGUGUCCUUGUAUGGCCCAACACUAGACAAGCAGCAGGACGUUUCGCAGAGAACAGUCGGAUAUGAGACACUUACUGAGACUUCAACAGGUGGCCACCAGGGCCUUCAAUACAACAGCCAGGCAGAUGAAGAACAGGGUUCCAGAGAAGCAGAAGCUUUUCCAGGAGGACAAUGGUUUGCCGGUCCAUAUCAAAGGGGGAACCACUGAUAUGCUACUCUAUCGUGUAACCAUGACCCUCACUAUUGUUGGCACUGGAUUUUCCUGUUACUGGCUUCUGGUGGCUUCAAUGCCCAGAAACAAAGCAGAAUAAGAAGAGGAUCUGAGAGAACUGUUCAUGUGUCAUAUGAAUUCAGUUGUCAUGACUUUCAUGUUGUACAGACAAUUCUGAUUAAAGAAAAACCUGAUGUAUAGUGUGUAUAAAAUAAA